UGAAGUAAAUGAGUCCCUGCAGUAUCGCUGAGAAGGGUGUUCACUGUAUGCUGCGCGUAAGAUACGCAGGAGAGAGAACGAAGUGGGCUGGUGGCGGUGAAGAUGGCGGAUGGAGACAGUGGGAGCGAGCGCGGUGGUAGCAGCGGAGGUGGAGGAGGCAGCGGGUUUCAGCACUUCCAACGGGAGCAGGAGACCCAGGAACUUGCUUCGAAGAGGCUUGACAUUCAAAACAAGCGGUUCUACCUAGACGUCAAGCAGAAUUCGAAGGGCAGGUUCAUCAAGAUAGCGGAGGUCGGGGCCGGGGGCUCCAAAAGUCGCCUGACACUCUCCAUGUCAGUUGCGGCCGAGUUUCGCGACUACUUAGGGGAUUUCAUUGAGCACUACGCCCAACUUGGGCCCAGCAGCCCUGAGCAAAUCGCGCAGUCAUCCGGUGGAGAUGACGGUGGGCCUAGACGAGCCUUAAAGAGCGAAUUCUUAGUCAGAGAAAACCGAAAAUACUACCUCGAUCUGAAGGAGAAUCAACGGGGGAGGUUCCUCCGAAUCCGACAGACCGUCAACCGUGGGCCCGGCUUCGGAGUUGGAGGCCCUGGGGGCGGAAUGCAGGCAGGCCAAACCAUCGCGCUCCCGGCCCAGGGCUUAAUAGAGUUCAGAGACGCCCUUGCCAAGCUUAUAGAUGAUUACGGUGGAGACGACGAGGAACUGACCGGUGGCACAGCAGCGGGGGGUUACGGCGAGCUUCCCGAGGGAACAUCCAUCAUGGUGGACUCCAAGCGCUUCUUCUUUGACGUCGGGUCCAACAAAUACGGAGUGUUCCUGAGAGUUAGCGAAGUCAAACCAAGCUACAGGAACUCUAUAACUAUCCCAUUUAAGGCCUGGAGUAAGUUCGGUGGAGCAUUCAGUCGGUAUGCAGAGGAGAUGAAAGAAAUCCAGGAGAGACAACGGGAUAAAAUGUACGAGAGGAGGGAAGAGUCGGAGGGCGAAGAUGUGGAGGACGACUGAACCCCCUCAACGCUGUCCAGCUGACGUGAGAUCUGCAGAUGUAUAAUGAUGCAGUACGCAGACAUGACAGAUUUACAAAGUGCAUGACGAAUCGAACUUAUACUAAAAUAUUGUGGCGUAAUAUACAUUUGACAGAAUUAUAGAUGUGUAAGAUCCGAAGUUUUUUUGUUUGUAACGAGGGUUGUUUGGGGGUCACAAUUAUAGUAAAAGCCAUGGGCAAAAAGUGCACGACAGGAAUGUCUUAUAAGACAAGAAAAAGUAUGAUUUGUUAUAAAGGCCUAUGAUAACAUGGCAUUCUCCUAAACCAGCAACUCUUCUUCCUUAGAGGACAAAAAUCUUUAUACUGUCAGAUUAUGAUGACAAACAAAUCUUUAUAAUAUCAGAUUGUAACAUUUAUAUUAAGAAAAAAAAAUGCCCCCUACCCCUCAACCCCCAUGCAUUUGCUUAUGUGUAUUGUUGCUGUUUAGCUAAAGAUGGGAGAGGUGCUCCAGUUGUAGCUCUAUCAACGUCUCUCUGGUGCCUGGGCCCUUUACGUUAAAAAACUAGAUCCAAGGGGUCCAGAGCACUCUUGUGUCUAUCUGUGGGGUGUUUAUUUGGCUUCAAGGUGUGUAGAAAUGAUAAGGUUGGCUUUUGCAAUAUGAUGUCAAGAUCUUUAGCCAUUUUCAUAAGGCCCACAGUGAGUGAGCAAGCUUUUUUGAGCUGAGCAAGCCUGCAAUGGCUGAAACAUUGCUACUUUAGAUGACAGCCUCCAUACAUGGUAGAAGUCUGUCACCAAAGCUGCUGACUGAUCUUACUCCCAUAAAUCAGCCUAGCCUCUUACAUUUGCAAAGCAUUGGUUCAGAAUUUGUAAACACAAUUGGGACACUUAUUUUUUUGACAACAUAGCAUAAGAUCAGAGGAAUAUAUUAGCAGAAUGGAUUAACAAUAUAACUGCAUCAAAUGAAAUGUUGCGUGCAAGUCCAGCUGUCUUCCACGCCCCCCCUGCCAAGAAGCCGUCUGCCCGACCAACGUCCAGCUUCCUGAAUGGGGAGACGUGCCAUUGGUCCAAAUAGACGAUCUUGCUGUGAUCAAUGCAGAAUGCCAGGACUCUCAAAAGUUAUCAGCUGAAGAAUGACACAGUCUGCUCUCUGGAGUUCUCAUGGACUGACAAAGAGAGAGUUACUCUCUACCCGUCACGGAGACUAAAGCAUCAACAACAUAGGACCUUGACUGUGAGGUAACACACGUCACUCUAAUUCUCCAAGAAGUAGAGGUAGCUCUCUCCAGUGGCCGGUCCAUGCACAGGCCUCAACACACUCCUGGUCAUUAAUGGACUGAAUCGCAUGAAUGGUUUCUUUUCUUUUGUAAGAAAACUUAUAUUUGCAGAUUAUACUUUAUGAAAGAAAAAAACGGAACAAACCAGCAUAUUUUUAAUUACUUAAAUAGAAUAUAUCUAUAUGAAUGACAGAAUUAUAAAGCCAUAUUAGGCUGAUUUCAUAAAGCAAAGCUGGGGAGAAGCAUUGGGCAGAUAUUUUUUCCUUUUUUCCUUUUUGGUUGUUUUCCUAUAGAAAGUGGAAGAACGCAUCUAAGUAAAGAAAAUAUAAAAUGCAAUGUAUCUUGACUGUAUAAAAAAUUCCCAUUUUCUCUUCCUCACAAUAUAUGUUGACAAUGUACUGGUUAAUGUGUUUCUCUGAAAGUAUAGACAACAUUUUAUUUAGCACACUAUCUAACAGAUGGGACCCAUGUCACAACCAUGUGAGUAAUUUGUUUUUUCUAAAAAUGUGCAUCUCUGUCCCUCAUUUUGAGUUGUCUUCUGUUUUAAUUUAUUGAAUUAUCAGAAGAAUUCAUUUCUAUAUUUGUUUAUUUCACUCUAAUCCCAGGGAAUAAGACUAUAUAGGUUUGAUGGGCAAGCAAGCAAAAUAGAAAGACAUCUAUGUAAUACCUUUGUCCUGUGGUGGUCACUUGUCUCAAUGUCGUUCCGUGGCAGCAGUUAAGGGAGGUUGGCUUCCUCUUAACGUUUAGGCUAGUUGAAAAGAGUUAAGACAGACUGGUAACACAGGGAAACACACACACACACACUUCAUUACUGCACUUUAUAUAGGGUUAACAAGUUGACAGGAAUAACUAGUCAAAUCUAGUGCAAUGUGCACACACCUACUGGGCCAGUUCUUCACUGGGUGUUGCCAUUUAGUAGAGCUUUGCAAACCUCCGUUGUCUUGUUCAGUGACAGCUGUUUCACUUUUAAGCGUGUGUGUGUGUGUUAGUUGCUGUAAUUCUAUGAUCUUCUAGACUAUUUAAAGCAAACAAAAAACCUUUUUCCUAACACACAGUCAAAAACUCACACACAGGGAGAGUGUUUGAGCUGGUCUUGUGCUAUAAAGCCUGAUGCCUCCCAGAGUUUGCAGAGCUCAGACAGGAGCAGCAGCCGGUGAGCCGUAUUCGGCGAUCACACCGGCAGUGCCAUCUCGCCCAAUCGGCUGAGCUGCAGCGAGGAGGAUUCGCUCUAAAUCUACAAUGGCGGCAGCUGUGCAGGCCGCGUGUGUGUGUGUGGUGCUGUGUGUGUGUGUGUGUGUGUGUGUGUGUGUGUGUGUGUGUGUGUGUGUGAGCUGACUUUGCAGCAGGGCUAUUUUAACGUCCAGGCCCGCAGCAGGGCCGGCAUUCCUCCCCCCGGGAAACUCAGGAGCUUCAGCUGUGCCGAGGGCUGACGGCUGCCUCUGACCGCUGAGAGACACAAGGGCCUGAUUGUCGAGGCUGCCACAUGCUCACAUGCGCGCACACACACACAACGCCACCACCCUUGCAAAAACCUAAUUACACCAGGGCCUACACUAAGUGCACAUGUGACGGAGGCAGAUUUGCCUUAGUCACGGCUGUGGACCGACGCAAAGCAGGCAGCACUUGGAGUUGGGAAUCUGUACUAAUGCUCAAGCUCUAUACAUUUGGAAAUCUGUUGAAUUUCAUAAAUGCUUAUUAGCUAAGCACUUGUUAACUAUGUACCUGUGAUUAGUAGAAAGCAGUUCAUUUUGGUUACCGAUAACAAAUAUUAUUGCGUGACAGGAAAAAAAAAACAGCAAUUCACUGUGGUCUUGUACAGCGGCCUAACAUUGUUAUUUGGGAAAUUUGACAGAGGUCUGGUGUUAUUGAUUGUAAAGUGAGCGUGAAAGAUAUCUUGCGCCUCUACCUAGGCUUCUGUUUGUUGUCACAAUCACGGGGAUAAAUCCACCGUUGCUGGUGUGGCACGGGGCCAGGGCAGAGGGAGGCAAGGUGGCGAGCACAGAUUACUCCAGACGAGGGCACAGGGCUCAUAGUUGGCAGCACGGAGAGACGGGAGCCAACUAAAAGUGUGACGCAGCAGGAGCAGCUGUUGCCAGGACAUUCCUUUAGUUCCCUACCUUCCUACGCACACACACACACACACACACACCCUCUCAAUCACACACACGGCCCUUUCCUAACCCCCCUUGCACAUACACUUGCUCACUCUUUCUCACACAUACACAGCCUUCCAUGCCCCCCCCACAUCCCUUUACGCACUCAUACAUGCACAUUCACAGACUCCUACACAUAGGAGGGUGUGUUUGUGGGGGUGGGUAAGUGGAAGGCCUACCCACCCUCUCAAACAUACCCUCUUUUCAGCUGCUCCACUGACCGCCUCGUGGACCUUUGGAGUUCCAAAAAGGGUCGAUGGGUAGGAGGGACUGCACCUGGGUCUGCAGUAGACUAACCCUGACCUGCACAUAGUCACACGUACACACACACUCUCGUAGCUCACGGUGUCCUGGGACCUGUUUGUGUGUGUGUGUUGGGGUGAGGGUGAUUGCAAACACGAAACUAAAUGAAAACUCCUGAAAUAAGUUUUUGAGUGCUGAUGUUCUUUUAAAGAUUCACAAUGUAAUAUCCUACAGAGUCUGUAGCUUGCAUUCUAACACUGCACUCAUGUGCUCUGGGGUGUUAAGUCAGGGUGGUGCCUGUGACGGGGUCACUGCCAUGGUAACCUCUGCCAUGGGGACUUGCUGGACUGUGUGCGUAGUGUUGCGUCUUGUUGCAGCACUGUCGAGCUGGACUUGACCUCUGUGACCUCUCAGAGCUGUGACCGAGAACCAACAUGCGGGUGAGCGGUGAGGCUCCAGAGUGUCAGUGCGCACUUUGACGGACCCGGUCAGAUCACGUUCUGUGUCCGCCGUAUCAUUGCCGCUAUGGCGGGCGAGUUUGUGAUCAGUGACAGAUGGGCAGUGUUGGGACGGUGUGUAGUGGACACACACAUAUGCAGCUAUCUGUUGACUCAGAGGCCUCUCCAGUCCAGCAUGUGCAUGUUACUGUGCCGGGCUAAACAUCACUUCCUGUUCCUGCAACAGGAAGCGAACUGGAGCUUUUGCUCAGGGAGCUUUCCGCUGUCCAUCGCCAUGUAAAAGCAACAGCAGGUCACUGUUGUGACAGCUGACCUGGAGAACUCAGCCGAAUCAAUUAGUGGCUUGAUUCAGGAGUACCUGAGAGCAGCCGCUAGAUGUUUGGUUUGAGUUCCACCAGGUGCUCUACUCCAUGCUAUCCGUUCACCACGUUUACUCUCAGACUUUUUCUAAAUGUUUAUUUUCUGAAUUUAACUGCUACCAGAGGAGGCUUCAGACACAGACACAAUUUAAGCAUUAGGAUAAAAAGCCAUCACCAUCAGUUUGUUUUGUAAGUUUGAAUGGAAAUAUGUAUUAAAAAAAAAAAAAAAACAAUGGGUCAUUGACAGUUAAACUGUACCAAUGUAUUUGAUUAUAAAUAGUUCUAAUGGGUUUUUGCUCGUGAAUAAUUUGUUGACAUUCUAAUGUGUCAGCAAACUAUAUGUGUGUGUGGGUGUGCUAUCUUGUUAUCUACUUGUUGCAUUAAUUCAUUCUCUGCACGGCACACCACCGUUUGCUUCCAGCGUCCGAAGGACAGCGUCUGCUCAGUUGUCCCUGAACAGAGCAGAACCGGGCUUGGUUCUGUGGCUUCAGACAGACACACAGAGAACCAUAGGAUGCAAGGUUCUUCGGUGCCUCUAGAACAGCCAAGCACCUCUAGCUCCUGAUAGACUGUGACCAACCACAGGCUCCUUGAAGCGCACUCGUUUUGGCUACAGCAUUUUUCCAACAGAGAUUUGAACAUUUAGAAAUCUAUAUUUAGAAACUGCUAUGUAUGUUUGUAACAUAAUAAAGACUGAUAUAAGUGAUGGAAAAUGC